AUGAGUGAGGAGGACGCCGCCCGCUUGGUCGCCGACGCCCGUGCAACCGCGGCUGCGGACAACGAGCGCAACAUGCGCCGGACGGUUGAUCCAGAUGUUCUGCAGUGGUGGCUGGAGUACAAGAACCGCAAGGCGUGGAAGUCGGCGCGCUUCUUCAAGAUCAAACUGGUUGACCGCUACUUCACGGUGGACUUCCAGGACCACUGGGUAUUGAGCGCGUGCGGCGGGUGGUUGGACGAGCAGCGGUCGAAGGUGGAGGCACAGGCCAUCUUUGAGAUUCCUGGCUGCUGGGACAUGCGCAAGGGCCAGCUGCUUGUUGAUGUGACCAACGAGGACGAGCCGCUUCGCCCCCGAAACCUGCGCGUGCAGCGUGUGCAGAACGUGCCGCUGUUCAAGCGGCACCUGGAGAGCGUGCAUCGCGUGUAGGGAGACAGCACUACAAUACAAACCCUGAACUUAAGUGUCGUGAAGGAGUGUCAAGGCCGAACUUAAGGGUAUCAAAUCAUAGUACUCUUGGAGUUCAGGACCAACUCAGAUUCCGAACCACACAACAGAACGGAACUACCACUCCUCACCGAGGACACCAACACCCAAGAUCCGAACCUUUGCUCUCCUCUCUUUACCUUGUGCCUGUCUCUACUUCCCUUGCUUGAUUGUUGUCACUUAUCUUAUCACUCCACUUAUC